AUGGAGUCUGGGUUUCCAAAUGCAGAGGAUUGGGUUAAGGAAUUGAACCUUUCUCUCGAGGUGAUCUCGAACAUCAUAUACGCUAAUAUAAGAGCACCAACGGAAGACCUAUGGAGUCAUAUUCCUUUGGUUGACCUUAUGGGGAAUAUUAGAAUCUCUUACCCGAAAGUAGGAAAUUCAGGAUGUCUCCUCAGGAUAGCUAGUAAGGAAAGCAGACAACGAAGGCUAUUAUCCGUCGUUCGGUCUAAUUUCCUAAGGAAUGGUCGAACCGGUGUAUUCCAGAUCAUGAUAUGGGCUAGCAGGUGUGUUCUAAAUAAUAGAAGGAAAAGAAAACCCAACGAACGAAGCGAAGUCCCGAUCGCAAAUAGCAUCUUUUUCAAACCACGUUUGAGACAGCAGGCGGAGGAUGGAGCUCUUGCAAAGAAACUGGCGCUGCAACAUACUCCCCGAGAGGGCAAUUUUGCAGCGUGGCCAAAGAAGCUUAUUUUUAGCAUGAUAAGGGGAAGAGGCCGCGUCGGAGAUGCUCGACUAAAAGGAGAGGGGACGAUGGGUAUUUAA